CCCCAGCGGUGCGCGCCCCACGGAGCGCAUGGAGCGGCGGUGGGAGCCCCUGGCCCUGCUGGGGCUGGCCCUGUGCUGGGCGGCCGCGGCCGAGCGACACACGGUUUUCUGGAACAGCUCCAACCCCCGGUUCCUGUGGAGUGACUACACGGUGGAGGUGCGUCUCAAUGACUACCUGGACAUCAUCUGCCCGCACUACGAGGAGGGGAGCGUGGACCCCAGCGCCAUGGAGCGCUACACCCUCUACCUGGUGGAACUCGAGGAGUUCCAGGCCUGCAAACCCCGCUCCAAGGAGCAGAUCCGCUGGGAAUGCAACAAACCCAGCGCCCUGCACGGCCCCGAGAAGUUCUCGGAGAAGUUCCAGCGCUUCACCCCCUUCACGCUAGGCAAGGAGUUCAAGGAGGGGCACAGCUACUACUACAUUUCCAAGCCUAUCCAUCACCACGGUGAAGCGUGCCUGAAGCUGAAGGUGACGGUGGCUGGCAAAGGCACUUUGGCACCGCCUGUCCCUGCCUCCACCCAGAAGGGGAGGAUCCAGGCAGAUGACGCGGCAGCACACGUGCUUAGGAGCGUGGGGCAGAACUCAGCCAUGCGGGGCAGCAGCCCCUUCACCUUCGUCAGCCUCCUCCUCCCCCUUCUGGUGCCACAGGGGCUGUGACCACCCUGCCGUGCCUGGACAGAGCCAGCUGGGAUGCUCGGGACCCCCGUGAACUUCAUGGGACUGCCUGCCCGCCCCCCCCCAACGCACGUCUGGGCGAGGAAAGGAUUUGUCAGUAUUACAGGGCUGGAGGACCCAAAGCUGAGCUGAGAUGCUGGGACCCCAGGGCCGCUCUGCCUCCCCCUGCCUGCACAGGCAGGAUGCUCUCAGGAGACGGAGCACGGAGGGGCCGUGAGCCCCGGACUGGAGAGGAGUGGGGGGCUGGCACCCCUAGCCCCGGGGCUGAGCUCGCCCAUGGAUGCCCAGUGGGGUUUGCUCUGCCGUGGGCUCAGACUGUGACGUGUCCCGCGGGCAGGGAUGCGGUGGUGGCCUGGUGGCAGCUGGGUGUCACUGGCAGGGCUGUGGGGUCCUUUGGUGGCGCUGGCUCUGGGAGCCUGGAUGUGCUCCAGAUGCCUGGCAGCCAGUGGAGUGGGGUUGUGGGAAGCCCCCCGACCCCUUCCCCUAUCCUUCACCCCACCCCACAAGGGGGCAGGGAGGGAGAUGCCCCCACUAUGGACCCCCCCCCCUCUGCCUGGUGCUGGAGGGGAACCCACCCCCUCCAGCAGCACCCUGUGCGGGGCACUUGGCCUGCCCCACUUUGUACAGCUUUGUAGAGCUUUCUAACACCGGAGUUUUUAUACGAUUGUGUUGAAUAAAUAACCAAGA